AUGGAGAUGGCGCCGAAAUUGCAGGGAUUUUUCGCCCGACUUGUUCACGAUGAAGACAAUCGAGGGAGGACGUUUUCCCAACGUCGGCCCAACGUCGGCCCAACGUCGACCCACAUAGCACAUUUGGGAUUCAAAUCCAGGCAACGUCGGCCCAACGCGGACACGCUGCCUGCGAAGAAAGGGAACUUCGGGCGACCCCCCCGCACGAUCGUCUUGGUCAGAAAGAUCGCAGUAAAGAGCCUCCUCACAGACGGCGGUGACGAAGAGCGCGACGAAAAGUGCGACGAAGAGCGCGACGAAAAGUGCGACGAAGAGCGCGACGAAGAGCGCGACGAAGAGCGCGACGAAGAGCGCGACGAAGAGCGCGACGAAGAGCGCGACGAAGAGGAUUCCUGGCAGAAUUCCCACCGUUCUGCUCGACUUACGCCUCCGAGCCGCUUCUCCGUCCUUCAUCCCCGUCGUAAACGCCUUUACGGCCGAGAUAAAGGCCUUCAAAACAAGGAAGGGGAUUUACGAGAUGCGGCGCAAAGGCGAAACGAAGCAAUACGAAAGGAGGAAGAAGCUGCUCCUUUCGGCGGAGGGACGAAGGAAGAGGAAGAAGCUGCUCCUUUCGGCCCAGUAAUGGAGGAAGAAGAGGAAGCCUCCCCUCUCGGCACGAUCCCACGAGCCGAUUCGAUCGCCCUCCUCCGCCCUCACGCGCCCCGCCGCAUCCGUGCGUGGAACGAGCCACGCGAGACGUGCGAGACUGCCGAGACUUCGCCUGGGAUCUUCCUGGAAUCUUCCUGGGGAAAAUCCUGGAAUCUUCCUGGAAUCUGCCGAUUCCGGAUGUCGUCGUCGGAUCGUGAUGCAUCUGUGGCGUGUGGACGGGAAGAGCAUGUGAAUGGGAGGGAAAAGAACGUCGGAGCAGACGAUGCGGAUGACGUGACGAAAGAGCAGACGAUCCUUGUGACGUCCACCUCCUCAGCAGGGGAUACACUUAUAUAG